AAUCAAGGCAAAUCCAGAGUCAGUAUUGUUCCAAUUUUUUUAUUUUGCAAAAAAAAUUAAAAUUUUGAAAUAAUGAGAAUUUAACUCAUUUAAUUAAGAAAUUCGGGACAUUGUAUAAGCUGUGAGUGCAUAUAAUUGUGGAUCAAAUAUAGUGGAAUCAACUUAUCACGAGAAAAGAUAAGAUAAUCAAGUGAAAACAGCGAUUAACAAAAACAAAACAUUGAAAAAUUUUCAUAACAAGUCGCAGAUUUAAUUAAAUUACAUUUCACAAUGCCGAAUAUAUUGGAGAGUUUCCAAAUGUGUAUGUGGUUCGAUGUUAAUGUUAUAUCCAGAAGGAAUCUUCUGUCAGCUGUUGUAUCAUCAAUUUUGUUUUUUCUUGCAUGGUGGAUUGUGAUAGGAAUUGCAUCAACCAGUAAAGAUGGAACAGCACCAGAUUUUUCGUACUAUAUUUGUGGUAUUUUAGGGACAAUAUCCUUCAUUAUGGUCAAUACCGUAUCGAACGACAUGCUCAAUGGAACGGGCUAUGAAGGAGGAAUUUGUGGAAGUAAUGGAAUAAAAAUUUGGCUGUUCACAGGCUUCGUCCUUGGAUUUGCCUCAGUUAUCGCUAGUGUCUGGUUGUUGAUCUCAGAAUUUACCGACAAGUCUCAUAUCCAAGGAAUCGGUAUUGUGCUCCAAAACUUCUUCAUUCUCUUUGCAUCACUAAUCUAUAAAUUCGGUCGAAAUGAUGAGACUUCAUUUGGUGGCUUUUAAGUCACAAAAAUGCAUAAACCAAAGUUUUGAUAAUGAAUAUUUAUAUUCCAUCAGACUAAUCUCUUAAAUGAUGAAUAAAGUAUAAGAAUAAGAAGAAGAAAGUGAAAUUUGCGACGAAUGGAAUGAAGCUUGUAACUGAAUCGAUAUACACAUUUUUAUAAUUUAAUAUUAGAACAAGAUUAAUAUUAAUAAAGUCACGCAUUCAUAGUGCUUAAAUUAAUCAUUUAUACAAUUUUUCCUUAAACUAUGCAUAAGCUCUAAGUUACUGUGGAUAACAAUUUAAUGUCAAUAUUGAGAAAAACUUGCGAG